AUGUAUGUGUAUAAAGGAGGCAUUCUCACAUGUUCACGUCAUGUUUUUGUUCUUUCUUGGCAGAUAGCUGGGGUCCCUCGAGUGUAUAGAGUCUUGGGGCAGCUUCAUCUGUUCUUUCAGGGAGCCCUGGACGAGACUGACCCUCAACGGCCGCAUGUGUUGCUGGCAAACUACCUGAGCAGCUUCAACAACUGCCUUCGAGCCACAAGCCUCUAUGCCGUCUGCUGCCGUAACCCCUGCGAGAGCUUGCUUGCGUCCCUGGAAAGAGAGGUCGGCGCACCCUAUGCGACCCCGGACCAGCUCGCUGCGUUGGUGGCGAACCUGUCCACUGACACUAUGGCCAAGCGCUCGAGCCCCGAGAAGUUCGAGGCAAAGCUCCUGGAGCGCUUGCGCUCCAUCGGAAACGACGAGGGCCAGGUGCCGCUGCAUGGACGCCUUUUUGCUCAGUGGAUGCACCACGCCUUUCCCCGUGAGUGUCCAUACCCGCAUGCUGCUGGCACGACGAAUCCGCAGACGCCCGACGAAUGGAUGAAGGCAAUGGGGAAAAGCACCGCCAUAUCUGAGGAGCAGAAGCAGGAGAUUGUUGCGGCAUACUGCCCCUCGGACCCGGAAGCUCAUCAGGCAGCGAAGGAGUGCCACGCCGAGACGGCGGAGCUUCCCUGGAGUGAUCGGGAGGAGCUGCUGGCAGUCCACGCCAGCGUUGCGGCGACCGGCGCGACCAAGACAAAGGAAGCCGACUGCUUCGGCUGGCUUUGCUUGGCACGACGCCUCGUCCCAGGCUUGGCGAUUCUACUCUGGCACCGCAAACUGGCAAAGCUUCGACACGGUCUUCUCCUCGGCUUCUUGUCCUGGAUCGGCAUUGCUUUGGAGCUGGUCGACUUCCGCGUUGUGGUGGCGUCGGGCCUUCUGUACCUGCUGUGGCAAAAGGCCACCAGUUCCAUUGUGGACAAGAUUGAGACGAAGACUGAGAAGUGCGAGGUGUAG